CCUUCAAGUUCAACACAAGCUACCCAAUUUGGGUUCAUGGGUUACACCUCAAUUCAAACUCAUGCAAUGACAACAUUUCAGUCUACACCAUCUCAGAGCCCAGCAGAUACCCUACAAACCUCAAACUCGACAGUUUAGGAUUCAAGUACUAAUGUCCCCUACCACAUUCAAACCCCAUAUCAUACAUGGUUAUCAAUCUUAUCCACCUAGUGCAAACUGCAUCUCCAUCCAUCCACAGCCUUAUUACAACCAACCCUCCUCCAUUGGUCUAAUUCCAAAGCUAGUAGAAGGAGGCGGGAAGGGUGAUGUGGACUUGGAGGAAGCUGAUAGCGACUCAGAGAGCAGUUCAAGCAGUGCAGAAGCAAAGCAGACAUUAGAAAGCUGAAAGUAAUGACCAGUUGUGUAUACACCUUAAUUUCAGAACACCCAUCUUUGGCUCCUCCAAUAUUUAUUGAGUGCAUAAAUGUGCAUACAUCUAGAAUUUGCUUCGACAAGGGAGUCUUGUCCCUUUUGUUUUUCCCCUUUCUUUAUCAAUCUCUGUGUUUAUCUGGUUGUGCAACAUAUAAGUUCUGCUAUCUACUUUUUGUUUAUUUAUUUAUUCUGCUUCUGAUGACACCAAGAGCCCCUUAUUCAUGAUUUUAUGAAGGAGAGAAGGUUAUAUGCAUGGAUAAUCAAUAACCAUUAUAUCA